AUGUCACAAUACGGAUUUGUAAAGGUUCCUAGAGAGGUCGAAAAGGCCAUUCCAGUAGUGAAUGCGCCCAUACCACAUACCGUGAUUUCACCUCCAAACAGUGAAAUUGCUACGCUUGUUCGAGAAUAUGCCGCUAAAGAAUUGACUGGCCCCGUUCUAAACCACUCUCUGCGUGUUUUUCAAUAUAGCGUGUCUAUCAUAAGAGAUCAAUUUCCAGAAUGGGACUUGGAUCAGGAAGUCCUGUAUGUCACCUGCUUGCUUCAUGACAUUGCAACUACAAACAAGAAUAUGGGAGCCACAAAGAUGUCAUUUGAGUACUAUGGCGGCAUCCUUUCAAGGGAGCUUAUUAUUGAUGCAACGGGCGGAAAUCAGGACUACGCAGAUGCAGUAACUGAGGCCAUUAUCCGUCACCAGGAUUUGACGGAGACUGGUUAUAUUACCACUUUGGGGCUCAUUCUGCAAAUUGCUACUACUCUUGACAAUGUCGGAUCCAAUACCGACUUGAUUCAUAUCGAUACAAUUAAGGCCAUUAAUAAACAGUUUCCAAGGCUAGACUGGUUAUCAUGUUUUGCUAUGGUAGUGGAUACUGAGUAUUCUAGAAAGCCGUGGAGCCAUACUAGUUCUUUGGGAGAUGAUUUUUCAAAGACAGUCAUCAACAAUACUUUUGGGUAUGAUUAG